UAUCCCCGACCUUUUCUUAUCGAUCUCUCCUGGAAUCAGACAUCUCCCAUACUUCCAUUCCACAGGUAACCAGCGAGCGCGUGCGAGUGAGCCAGAAAAGAAAGAGAGAGGAAGGGAAAGGAUAUGGAGAGGAGUGAUGAAAGAACUCUUCCUACCUUCUCUUUUGUCGCCUCUCUCUCUCAUUGGGUUUUGCUCUUUAUAACUUCUCUUUCGGAUUGCGUUUACUCCAUUGACGAAAAAGAAGAUGGUGAAACGAUCCAGGAAGAAGAAUGUCGCUUCAUUCUUCCACAGGAAGCUCAGAUCGUCCCGGCGAACCAAGCUUCACCCUGUAGUGGCCCCUUUACCGCUCUCCGUGGCGCCGGAGACGCCGACUCCGUCUGCGGGUGCCAAGGGAGCCAAGAAAAAGGCGGGUUCCCGCCUCUGGAUGCUGUUCGACCGGUCUGGGAAAUCGGAGGUAAUCGAGCUCGACAAGAGCGCCAUUAUUCGGCGAGCGUCCAUACCUGCUCGUGACCUCAGGAUUCUAGGCCCCUUAUUCGCCCACUCCUCUCGUAUCAUUGUCAGGGAUAAAGCUUUGGUUGUUAAUUUAGAGUUUAUAAAAGCUAUAAUUACUGCCGAUGAAGUGCUGCUGUUGGAUCCCUUGCGUAAUGAAGUUCUUCCUUUUGUGGAUCAACUUAGACGACAAAUUUUUAGUAAUCCUCCAUCAAAGCUUGAUGAUUCUGGUAAUGUUGAUGAAGUGGGCAGAAAAAUGUCCUCAAGCGUGGGAAAAUGGUUGGAGGAUGAGAAUGAUGAAGAUGAACACGUGCUCCCAUUUGAGUUACAAGUGCUGGACAUUGCAUUGGAAUUUGUGUGCUCCUAUUUAGAUUCUACUGUUAUUGAUCUGGCAAGAAAUGCAUAUCCUGCACUAGAUGAACUGACCAGGAAUGUAAGCACCAAAAAUUUGGAACGUGUUCGAAGCUUAAAAAGUAACCUUACUCGUCUGCUUGCUCGUGUUCAAAAGGUUAGGGAUGAAAUUGAGCAUCUCUUGGAUAAUGAAGAUAUGUACCAGUUUUAUUUGACAAGAAACCAAAUCCAGAAUCAGCAAUAUGAAGCAUUGUUGACCCCUGCAACUUCAAAAAGCAUGGUUUAUGCUACAAAUUAUGUAAGACUAAAUUCGAAUGUUCGAAGAAGUUCAAGCCAUGCAAGUUUCCAUUUAGAUGAUAACAAUGUGGAGGAUUUGGAGAUGUUGCUUGAGGCUUAUUUCAUGCAAUUGGAGGGGUCCCGUAAUAAAAUUCUGUCGAUGCGGGAAUACAUUGAUGACACAGAAGACUAUGUGAAUUUUCAACUAGACAACCAACGAAAUGAACUGAUUAAACUUCAGCUGGUUUUGAACAUCUUUUCUUUCGCGAUGGGAGUCGACUCAAUGAUUACUGGACUAUUUGGUAUGAACCUUCCAUGUUCUUUGUUCACAGUCAACAAUCUAUUCACCUCGUUCGCUGUAGGAACAACAGCAGCUUGUUUCCUCAUCUUCUUGCUCUUGCUGCAAUAUGCUAGAUGGAAGAAGCUGCUUGGUUCCUAAUUGAACUUUACUUAUUCAUUACAAAAGCCUUCACCAAGAUUUUUUUUUUUUUUUUUUCAUUCAGGAAGUAGGGUUGUAAAGAACCGAACAUUAGUUAGAGAAAUACAUAAUGUUCGAGCUCAA